CCCAUUUCGCAGCAGCCGGCUGGGCUCCAGUGGUUGGGGACGGGAGCAUCCCGGGCGGGCUCGGUGCCCGCUGUGAGGGCUCGGGGACGGCGGGGAUGUCCGGAGGAGGGACAGGAAAGCGUGACCGGCAGCGUGCGGGGAGGGAAGCGCAGGAUCCGGCUGGGUGGCUCUCCCGGCCCCAUAAAACCUCUUGCAUCCGGGCUCGGGGGCCACGGCGGGACCUGAGGGGCUGGGGACAGGCUGGUGGCCCUGUCGGGGCUGGGUGGCUUUGGCAGGUGGCUCUGCCCCGGGAAGGGGAGGAGGCUGCGGCACUCCCAGCCCGGCUGGCGGCCGCGAUGCUCCAGUCCCGGCUCAGCCUGGCAGCCGUGCAGGCACCGAGAGCACCCGGUGAGCCCACCGCGGGGGCUGACAGCUCCCACUCGCACAGGCUCGGCGAGGAGAUGGAGGAUGACAACCGGACGGAGCCGUGGCACCGGAGCCUCCAAGCGAUGCUGGAUGCCUUGAACCAGACGCUGCACGGGGCCAUCCUGCGCCCCGCCGCCCCGCGCAAUGCCAGCGCCCGCGCUGGCCGGGACGACAACGCCUACAUGUACAUCCUCUUCGUCAUGACGCUCUUCGCCGCCACCGUGGGCAGCCUCAUCCUGGGCUACACCCGCUCCCGCAAGGUGGACAAGCGCAGCGACCCGUACCACGUCUACAUCAAGAACAGGGUCUCCAUGAUCUGAGCCUGGCCCCGACGCCGCCUGCAAAGCCCCGCGGUGCCCAAGGGGUGCUGAGCCCCCCGGUGCGGGGCAGGAGCUGGGCUCCUUGUGCCUGGCACGACCCGCAGGCAGGUCCCGGUGCCGCAGAGCCGUCCCGGCUGGGGACAUGGGGACACGGGGAGGGCAGAGGCAGCUCCUUUCCCACCAUUCCCAUGCCCUGCUGAGUUUGGCAGGGGCUGUGAAGAAGGAAAAUUUGCCACUUCCCUGCUCGGACCAGCCAGCAUCGCCCUCCAAAGCGUGCCGUGGGGUGCCAGGAGCUUAGUGAUGUGGGCUCGUGGGUUUUCCUGGUGCUAAAAGCUGUCAUUUUAGAAUGGCGUUGGGCCACCCUUUGCUGGCGGGGAAUUAAAGGAGAUGCUGGUUCC